GCAUGAUGCCUCCCCGAGCACCUUUCCAUGACCCGCGUCCAGACUCCGCCAUGCCCAAGGCACGUCCCAAUUUUAGCAAGUUAGGUCAGUUUCUUGCUACCCAGUUUCGAGUUUGCUAUUGCACUUGAAUCAAUAUAUUUGAUUUUUUACUAACUGGUGCUGGUUUGUAGAUUUGAUUAAAUAUGAUACUCCAUAUUUGGGACCUAAGAUCCAGCUUAUGCUGUCACAGCUAGAGUUCAAAUUAAGUGUUGAGAAACAAUACAAGGCUGGUAUUGAAAAGAUGGUGCGGCUUUAUCAAGACGAGGGCGAUCGAAAAAGCCGAGCAGAUGCAGAAGGCAGGCGUAUCGAGAGCAACCAGAAGAUUCAGCUGCUAAAACAGGCCUUGAAACGAUAUGAGGACCUUCACGUUGAUAUUGAGAGCGCAUCAGAUCACCCAGAUGGUUAGAAGCUUCCUGAAUACUUCAUGGUCCCUUUUUCCAUUUUUAAAUUUACUAACCCACUGGUUAGAUGACAGUUUGAAUGCCCCCAACAUGCGCAAGCCUCUGACGGGUCAUCUAACCAUGAAAAUCCAUGCUGUUAGAGACGUUGACCAUGCUGCUGGAUCUAGAUUUUCGCGGGGUCCUGAAACCUUUGUGAUCAUGAAAGUUGAAGAUGCAGUAAAAGCCAAAACCCGGGCUACUAGGUCAGACAAAUGGACUGAGGAAACCUUUAAUGUGGACAUUGACAAGGCAAACGAGAUCGAACUCACUGUGUAUGAUAAGUCCGGUGAUCGACCAACGCCUAUUGGUAUGCUCUGGAUACGGAUUUCGGAUAUUGCGGAAGAGAUGCGCCGCAAAAAGAUCGAGACGGAAUUCAAUGCCUCCGGAUGGGUUUCUGCUGAUAAAAUGGAUCAUGGGCCCAUCAGACCGGAUACGCAGUUCCAGGGAAGCUCGUUCCAACCUAGCCAGCCCGCCAGAACUCAACCCCCAGGGCAGGCUCCUAUCGGUCAAAAUGCUACAGUCAUGGUUGACUCCUGGUUUGCUUUGGAGCCAGUGGGGAGGAUACACCUUACGAUGAGCUUUGCCAAACAACUCAAGGAUAGGCGACCGUUUGAUAUUGGUCUCAACCGUCAAGGAGCUGUCCGUCAAAAGAAGGAAGAGGUCCAUGAGAAGCAAGGCCACAAGUUCAUUACCCAGCAGUUCUACAACAUUAUGCGGUGCGCUCUUUGUGGUGAUUUCCUCAAAUAUGCAGCGGGUAUGCAGUGCUCUGACUGCAAGUAUACCUGUCACCGAAAGUGCUACCCUAAAGUUGUGACCAAGUGUAUUAGCAAGGCAAACUAUGAGACUGAUCCGGAUGAGGAGAAGAUCAACCACCGCAUUCCUCAUAGGUUCGAGGGAUACUCCAACAUCUCUGCUAAUUGGUGCUGCCACUGCGGUUAUCUGUUGCCUUUCGGAAGGAAGAAUGCCAAACGGUGUUCCGAAUGCUCCCUUACCUGUCAUGCCAACUGUGCUCACCUGGUGCCUGACUUCUGCGGGAUGUCCAUGGAGGUUGCUAACCAAAUUCUGGAGACUAUUAUCAAAGCAAGAAAUACCAAUAGGACUAGUGGUGGUUCAACCAAACCCCCUCGUCCCAAGCCUGCACCUAUCGAAGGUGGACAUCGGAAAUCUCAAGACAGUUACGGCGCACCGAUGAUGUCUCCUUCGGCAGAAGCUGUCAGUGCAGCCAGCUCUUCAUACAUGCAUCCACAAUCUCCAACUUCUCCAGGACGCCCCGUUGCCUCUCCACAUAGCCCUUCAAGCGCAGCAGCUGCCGCCGCCGCCGCUGCUGCUACAGGCAUGCGCCCAAUGCCACAGCAGACAGGGUUACCCCAGCAGCAACAGCCGCAACCACCACCGCAUUCUCACUACGACCCUGGAGCCUAUGCGCGUGUUCAAGCACCACAGCUCCCUCCAAUCCAAGUCGGUCAUCAGCCCGCCGGACACCAGUAUCCUAUGGCGCCACCUCACCCGCAGCAUCAGCAGCAGCAACAGCAGCAACAGCAGCAACAGCAGCAACAUCCACAGCACCCACCGCACCCACAGCAUCAGCAGCAACCAGCCCCUGUUACUGGCCACCCAUCGGCUCUUGCUACGAAGGAUCAAAUGCCACCACCCGCUUCUGCACACCCCCAAAAGAAGGCUGGUGCUAUGAUUGGAUUGGAUCAUUUCAACUUCCUUGCAGUUCUUGGUAAAGGAAACUUUGGAAAAGUCAUGCUUGCAGAAUCGAAGACGAGCAAAAAGCUCUAUGCUAUCAAGGUCUUGAAGAAGGAAUUCAUCAUUGAAAAUGACGAAGUGGAAAGCACUAAGUCAGAGAAACGAGUGUUUUUGAUUGCCAACAAGGAGCGUCACCCGUUUCUGCUUAAUCUCCACGCUUGUUUCCAAACAGAGACUCGUGUCUACUUCGUUAUGGAGUAUAUCAGUGGUGGUGAUCUAAUGUUGCAUAUUCAACGUGGUCAAUUUGGUCUUAAACGAGCUCAGUGAGUGCACUCCAGCCCCAGUUACAUAGCUGAGUCCUAACUAAUGAUUUUUCACUAGGUUCUAUGCUGCCGAAGUUUGUUUGGCUUUGAAGUAUUUCCAUGAAAAUGGUGUCAUUUAUCGAGAUCUCAAGCUCGAUAACAUCCUACUAUCGCUAGAUGGGCAUCUUAAGAUUGCCGAUUACGGCCUGUGUAAGGAGGAGAUGUGGUAUGGUAGUACCACAAGUACAUUCUGUGGAACCCCCGAGUUCAUGGCGCCUGAGGUAUGUUAUCGCUUCUAAUUCAUUCUCAAUCACUGGAACAUAGCUAACAGGCCCCUUCUAGAUUCUUCUGGACAAGAAAUACGGUAGAGCCGUUGACUGGUGGGCCUUUGGCGUUCUAAUCUACCAGAUGUUGCUUCAGCAGUCGCCCUUCCGAGGAGAGGAUGAGGACGAAAUCUACGACGCAAUUCUUGCGGAUGAACCUCUUUACCCUAUCCACAUGCCGCGGGACUCUGUCUCAAUCCUUCAGAAGCUGUUGACACGUGAGCCAGAACUGAGAUUGGGAUCUGGACCAACUGAUGCCCAGGAAAUCAUGUCCCACCCCUUCUUCCGGAAUAUUAACUGGGAUGACAUUUACCAUAAGCGUGUUCCGCCGCCCUUCUUCCCCAAGAUCACCAGCCCUACUGAUACGAGUAACUUCGACCAAGAGUUCACGAGUGUCACUCCCGUUCUCACUCCAGUUCAGUCUGUUCUCACUCAAGCGAUGCAAGAAGAAUUCCGUGGCUUUUCAUAUUUUGUAGACUGUGACUAAACGUGUGUACACACUUCUUUGUCUUCUGCCUUUUUCUCUUUCUCGCGCAUACUUGAGGUUUGGGGUAUCUAGUCGCUUUCAAAUGGUCUUCAUGCGGCAUCAGCACACUCCCCCUUUCUCCUACUCCGUUUCCUCAAACUUUUUCUAUAAUGAUGCUAUUUCUCCUUAUUCUUGUUUCCUAUCUUCAUAAUACCCUUGGUCAGUAUUAUAGUAAAGUUAAUUGUCCGAUAUACCCAUUAUUAUAUGAUCGAUCACCAUGUAAGGAGGAUAAGGUUGUCAUUCUUGUAGUGACAAAACUGAAAAUUCCAGA